AUGGCACUGGGCGACAUCCUCAUAUUCAUACUCUCCGUGCUUGCUUACGCACGUCCGGUGGAACGGGAUGCAGGGCAAAGCAGCCCUCUCCGGCGUACGAGCAAUCUGGCGCGUGUCGCGACUGGACACAAGGUGCCGUUCACGUAUGAAGGCUACAGUCUCCUGCCUGUCGGCACCAUCCAGGUCGGCACCCCAGCACUCGACAUCGCCGUCAUCUUUUCGACGGGAUCGGCGGAUUCCUGGGUCCUUGACUCCGUAUAUUCCCGCUCUCAAUCGCUAGGGAAGCACUGUAAGGACGGGGUUUACAAACUGCAGUUCGGAGAUCGGAGUGGCAUUCAGGGGCACAUAUGCACCGAUACUGAUAUCGCUGUUCAUGAACAGGCGCUCCUCUCGGCGACCAACGUGGACAAGGGGACCUGGAGGAUGGACAUUCCCGGGGAUGGCAUGCUCGCCCUGUCAUCUCCUUCCGUUUCGCGCUUGAAAGGACGCCCCGUGGGCUACUUCUGGAACGCAGUCGAACAGAAGGCCGUGACGACGCCGGGCGAGUUCAGCUUCUACUUUGCGCCCCGCGGGAGCACCGCUGGGUCAGAGCUGCAGAUUGGCGGGCGCGAUCCGUCCAAGUACAUUGGCGAGCCGGAGAAGCACUUGACCGCGUUCGUUGGCGAGGAACGCAGUUGGACUAUCCCAGGAGGGAGCAUCUACGUCGACGGUAAAGCGGUCGUUCAAGAUAUAGUCACGACGAUUGACAGCGCCGCGAACUACAUAUACUGCUCGCUCGGUGCCUUGACGUUCUUCUACAGGAGGGUACCCGGUGCGUGUGUGAUCAAGCCUGGGGUAUGGGGCAUCCCGUGCGCGAAGGAUGGGGGGCGCCCGUCCAUCGAGGUAUCAUGGGACAACAUGAGUAAAUUCGACAUCUCCGAGUUCAUCCUAUAUUCGCGAGUGACCGUCGACGGAGAGUGUGUCUGGGAGUCUGAGAUCAUGUUGCUGAAGGACGACCGCGCGGCUAAUCACUGGAACUUUGGUACUGCGUUCAUGCGGGCAGCCUACACUAUCUUCUCGGUGGAUCAAAGGGUGAUCCUGUUGGCGAAGCCUAACCAUGACCACGGUCAAUCACCAUAG